AUGGCUUCUGCUGAGCAACGGCGUCGACAAAUGCUCAUGGAACAGGAAAGGAAAGACCGCGAAUUGGCUGAAAGAUUAGCUCAGGAGGAGUGGCAAACUCCACCACGACCAACACGUCGAAACAAUCGAGGUACAGCCGAUGAAGCUUCACCGGCUUCAUCGACAAGAGGACGGGGUCGUGGUCGUGGAAGGGGACGUCCAUCGCGAACGAAUCAACGAGCCAGAACCAGUCCGAGUCCCAGUACCGAUAGUGAUGGAAGUUCAGUGAGAAUUGUGCCAACGCCUCCUGGACGACAAUUAAGGAUAAUGACGCCUCCUAGACGAAUGCAAGCUAGAAGAGGACCCUCGCCUCCUAGACAAGCCAGGAUGGACUCCAGAGGGCAAUAUGCGCCUCCUCAUAGACGACAAUUAGCCACGGUGGCAGCUAGAGAACGUGGAAGUGUUCGUGGAAGGGGAAGGGGACGUCCCUCGCGAACGAAUCGACGAGCCAGAACCAGUCCGAGUCCCAGUACAGAUAGUGAUGGAAGUUCAGUGAGAAUUGUGCCAACGCCUCCUGAACGACAGCUAAGGGUAACGACGCCUCCUAGACGAAUGCAAGCUAGAAGAGGAUCCUCGCCUCCUAGACGAGCCAGGAUGGACGCCAGAGGGCAAUAUGCGCCUCCUUAUAGACGACCAGUAGCCGCGAUUAGGAUCGCUAGAAGAGGAUCGUCGACAGCGAAUCCUAGACCACGCGUAGCCAGGAUGGAUCCGUUCCAUAGAGCGCCUCUGGCGUCGAGUGACGAUGACAGCGAAGAGGAUAACGACAAUGAACACGUUUCGUCGCCGGCAAUCAGUGCGAGCUACAUCCGUAGCUUGUUGAAUCCGUUACUUCGUCGAAACGCGCUCCACGAAUUCGCGCGAACCGCCAUGGACUUUUCGGAUACAGAUUCAAACGAUGGAGAUUAUGACGAUGACGAUGAUGACGUGUCGAUGGGUUCCGUUGAAGAUGACGAUGACGAUGACAUAAGGAUACUCGAUGAUAUCGGACCUGUCCGUGCCGAGGAGAACAAUAUUCGUCAGCCGAUAUUCGAGGAGGACCGCGACAUGUACAGCCGUGAGCUCGAUCUGUAUCACGACGAGGAUGAGUACCAGGUGCCUCCGCCAAGAGUUGUCCAGGGCAGAGGAAAAGCAGCUGAGCCAGAUCCGACUUGGGGAGAUUGCACAAUGUGCUCAUCGACACCUACGAAGCCACAAGGAUGCAAGAAAUGUUUGCAAUUUCUUGGAUGUGCAGACUGCGUCCGACGCUGGCACGGAGCCCGCCAAAGCAGUUUCGAUAGACCGAAUUGCCCACUUUGCCGUGCUCCAUGGAAUGGUGACACUCCGGGUGUCCUUCUGAUGCCAACCAUUGAGAAGCAUCGCUUAAAGAAUGCCGCCAAGGCUUCUUCUUCUUCUUCCUCAGGUCCAUCUACUUCUGCUGGUCCAUCUUCUUCUUCUUGA